CCCUAGGGACUUUUUUCAAUUUUUAUAGACUUCCAUUUUUGUCGUUGUAAAGUAGCUUCUCGAUUAUGAGCUUCCGUUCAGCAAACUGAAACCUGAUUUUUGUAAAAGAUCGACAGUUUGAAGUCUUUGCUAUACAGAGACACUGAUAACCAGCCCGUGCAUAAUUUGGAGCUGUUGACUGUUUGUCCGUUCUGAUGGAGUCAGCCGCUCCGCAAACUACCUCCGCUGCCACGGCAUUAAUCAGUCCCUCGCCGGCGCUGAGUGCCCGCAAGGAGAAACGCCGACAAUGGUGGGCUAGCAGUCUGGAGAAGCGGCUGAAUCCCGCGGAGACCACUGCGGAUUCUGUAGGUCCCAGUCCCACGAACGUGACGAACCCUCCAGCCCCAGACAUACCUCAUUCUGAUGACAAGAGAAAAGAUCGCGAGAAACGCCGACGCGAGAUCAUCGACCGACAGCGACAGAAAGAAACUGCUGAGAAUGGACAAAACGGCGAGGAUGAAGCCUCGCGACGUCGGCAAGAUAAAAAGUUUAUCGUAUUUGUUGGACAAAUUCCUUUUGAUACGAAGGAAGAGGAGGUGAAGCGGAGAUUUGAAGAAAUCGCUAAACCAGAAAAAAUCAAAAAUUUCCGCUGGGCCACCCAUCCCACAAGCAAGCGCUUCAAGGGAUUCGCCUACGUGGAAUUUUCCAACAAAGGCGCUUACCGGCGCGCGUUUGAACUGCACAACACGGUGAUCAACGGCCGUCCCAUCAACGUGGAGGCGACGAAUCCUGGCGGACGCAAAAGUAGAUUUCGCAAGGACAAACUGAAGUCUCUCUCCACCAGCUUCCAGCAGAAAGCCAAAGAGGCGCUGGAGCGCAAAGAACGCGACGCUGCCAAGUGCAGAAAGCCGAAACCACCAUUGAAUGAAUCUACUGAAGAAACUAAAGUGACAGCUGAAACAGAAGAAAAAUCCACUGCGGUUGAUGAGAAAACCCACCCCGAUGAAAUAAAUCAGAAGAAGUCUUCGAAAAAGAACAGCGAACGAAGAAAGCGUCCUGAGACCGAGGAAGUUGAAUCCGGCGGAGCAGAAAAAGCCUCCCCAUUUGUGCGGUUACCAAAGAAGCCGAAAACUGGUGAAACUCCUGUCGAUUUUCAAAAUUCUCAUCCAGGAAGCAAUGAAAAACCACCGGAAGUCAAAAAUGAGCCAACUCCGGAUUUUAAAAAGGGAAAAAAUGCCCCGAAAAAUUUCCCGCCGCGAGGGAGUUUUGGUGCGAUGAAUCAGCGUCAUUCGGAGACGGCGAAAGCGUUCCCGAAGGUUUCAGGUGUUAAGCCCAGGGAAGCGCAUCUCGCGGGGUUGGGCAAGCCGAAAGUGCAUAUUAAAUUUGAAUGAAUGAAAUUUGUUUACUUGUGCUGAAAAUUGGUUUUGUAUUGAUUUUGACCGCCUUUGUCGUUUGAUACCGGACAGCGUGAAUUAGAGAACAAACUAAAAUGAGAAAAGCUAACCAAAUAGUGGACCUAAUUA